GCGCUUACGCCAGAUAUCGCUUACAUUCAAGUGAAUUGAUCAGCUCAGUCGAGUCUUCUCUUACGAAUUUUCAUUCUCAACUUUAAGAUUGGCGUUGAUCAUUCGCGGCAGCAAUGUCUUACUCCGAUAAUAUAUUUAAUGCGGAAAACAAUCCAAUAGACAAUUGGAAUGAAGAUAAUAGUGAUGAGCUCAGUCCAAACGAUGGUUAUUUCAAUUCGAAUCAAAUCCCUCAAAAUAUGAUACCGGACCCUACACUCUCACAAGAGGAGGAUAAAUCGAAAGCUCAAGAUGCCAAGGGGAAUCUUCCAAGGGGUGGUAAUAUCCCUUCAACUCUGCAGAUGUCGUCGCACACCAAUGCGUCAUCUCAUGUAAUUGAGCACCCUCGACAUUCUCAAACUUCGUCUAAUUCUAUUCUUGCUUCGUCAUAUCACAGAAGAGAUAAUUCUUUCCCUGAAAAUCAAUCCUUCUUGGAUCAACCUCCCCCAGCUUAUAUAGCUUCGUUGGAGUCUUCGCCUGUCUCAGCACAAGGGCAGCAUACUCUCAUGCACUACAAUACUUUCUCACAAGAUCGCCUCGAAGAAGGUCUACCAAGAGAGCCUCAGAGUAUGGGAGGACCAGCAGGUAAUCAGGAUAUCGAUGAAAGAAUACCUCUUUUGCUUGACCGAACACCCAAAAAUAUUUCCUUUCGACGAGAGAUUAUAACAAAAGCUCUUGGACUGGGAUUGGCUCUAACCAUUGCUGCCGUUAUAAUAGGUGCGAUUCUCACAGAAAAAUCAUAUGCAAGAAUCCAGAUUCAAACAUGGGAGAAGGGCCUGCAUUUCCCGACCCCAUCCAUGAUGGUGGCUCAUAUUGUCAACAUAUAUCCAAAUCGGACCAAACCACAUUCGAAAUCAUUGAUGCAGCCGGAAUUGUAGUAAUACAAGAUUUCUACCAACACAACUCUCCUCAUUAUGGUCCGGAGGUCACAACAGCAGGAGAAGUUCACAUUCGAAAUCUACCAAACAAUUCAACAGGUGGAAAAGCACAUUUUACAGUUGAAGUUAAACUUAGCCACCCGGAAUUGUCUGUGCUAAAGACUUUGAACGAGCUUGAUGGUUCAUUGAAAAUUAGCACGCCGAGAUUUGCCAACCUAGGUAUACAUGAAAACCCUUGUAUCUCUCUUGAGAUUACGGCUUGGAUACCAAAAAAUGCAGAGUUUUUUAAAGUAUUUUUUGACCUGGCAACUUUAUCAAUUCGAAUAUUUGACGAUGUCAAUAUCAAAGUUGUCAAAGAUGCCAUGUUAAAAACAAUAUCAGGUCAUGUUAGAUUUCCAAACGACCCAGCUUCAUCGACGAUUCAUACUUCCCUCUCAACUGAAAGUGAAUUAAGAACAAAUUUCGAUUUCGAUUCUCGUCACAUUGUCGUCGAAACUGUGUCAGGCAGAAUCGAAGGCAUAUAUCCCCUGUAUGACCUUCUCAAAGUAUCUUCCCAAUCCGGAUCAAUAGGAAUCGAGGUACAACCUAAGCCCGUUCUUGAAUCAACACCCGCUCCUGCUACUUUGGAUAUCAAUACAUCUUCGGGUAACAUCGACGUGUCGUCACCUGUCAAAUACCCAAAGAUCACUUACCCCCGAGAAUAUAUCACACGUGUAAAAUCUGUUUCUGGGGCCAUUAAAGGCCAUUUUUUUGUUGGAUCUACAGGGAAUUUUGACACUGCUUCUGGUAUGAUUCAACUUGUGGUGAGGCCAGUUUUAUCAGCUACUUCCGAUGACGACGAUGAUGAAAGUGGAAAUGAGUUUUCUACUCAUUCCGUGAGUGGAAAUACACAUGUCACAUUACUUGAUCCUUUGUUUACUUUACCCUCCAUCAACGGCAAGGCUCGCAAUAGUGUGAUUGAAUCUAAUCCCGAUAGCCAUGACUCUUCAUACACUCCCGCCCUCGUUGACUUAUCGAGCUCCUCUAUCCAGGCGUACAAGAGUAAACUUCGCACAGUUUACUCGACACAUAGAACCUCCUCUGGAAGUAUCGAAGCAUACUACCCCUUAGCUUGGAUCGGCAACAUUGAAGCGAAAACCAUUUCGGGAAGAAUAGAAUUAGAAGGGAAGGGAAUAGACAUUGUCGAGAGGCAUGAUGGAUGGGGUUACAAGAGUAUCAAAGCUAGGAAGGGAGUCGAGAGGGACGAGGAUGGGAGUAGUGUGAGACUGGAGACGGUGAACGCGGCUAUUGCAUUAAGAAUCUCUGAAUCUUGAUGAUAAAUGGAGCCACCCCAUUCACACCGAUUUUCUGCGACUGAUGAAUCUUGAGAUUACGACUUAUAUUCGAAUACAUGGGAUUUUUUGAAAUGAUUUGGGACGUUGAACGAUGGAUUGUAUAAGCAUCAUGCUAUUUAGGCUGGAUUUUUCCUUUUUCCCCUUGGAUAUAGCAUAAUAUACAUAUUAGCGACGACCUUCUGGGCAUCCAUUCAUAGUCAAAUCGACGCCAGUAUUUUCA